AUGUGGGACGCCUCUUCAGGUGAAAGUCGCGGUGGAGCGGGGGCGGGGCCAACCGAUAUAACGGGCCUGCAAUUAGAGGCCAGGGUGGGUCCGGGGACCGACGCCCUAUCAAGGUCCCGGUCAGGUACCAACGAUGCCAUCGGUGCUGCCGCUGUAAACGGCUACGGCCAAGGUGGCAGUGGUGCAGGUGCUGGUGCUGGUGGUGCAAUUGGCCGUCGGACGAGCAGCCUGAAAACGACGGGCAGCCCUCAAAAGAAGUUGACGCCGCCGCCGCAGCUGCGCGAGAGGAAUCUACUCAAAUCCGGGCCUGUCUCUGUCGACCCGCGCGAAGGACACAUUGGAGCUCAUCCCUACCACCGCCAAUCACCCGCAACCCAGCCGCAGCCACAACACCAACUCCUACACCAAGACACAACGUCCUCGACGACGACGACAACAACACAGCAAAUCACGGUGCAUUUGAGAGGAGGAGGAAGCGCCGGUCCACACCAGCAGUACCAACCCGUGCAGCCAUAUCAGUACCAGGUCCCCGGACGUGGAGGACCACCGCCGCCAGCUUCAACAUCUGGAGCAUCUCGAAGUCGAGACACCAUUGCCAACUAUAACAGGCUCCGCCGCGAGACCCAGCACAACUCGACGAGCACCUUGCACCACCGGAACUACUGGCCCGACAACUUUCGCAACCCCCGCGGCGGACUCGGUAUCGAGCAUAACGUCAACAGCCCUGAUCCAACAGCGACGACCCCAAGGAACGAGAACCAGUUCGGACGCGGUGGCAUCCAGAAAUUCGCCCUCGAAGAGAGUGGUGCUGCUGAAGAGUGA